CCGGCUCCGACCCUAACCCCGGCCCCAGACACCGCCGCCAGCCCCCCACACCGCCGCCAUGGCGCCCGCACGGAAGAAGGGUGGCGUGAGCGCGCGCAAGAGGAAGCUGGCGGCCUUCCUGAAGGACUUCGACCGAGAGGUGGAACGGCGGAUCGAGCAGAUUCGGGCGGACGGGGAGCGCCUCAUCAAGGAGGUGGAGCACCUGUACGACAUGGAGAUCCUGCGGCUGCCGCCGGAGAUCCGCGAGAUGAACUGGGUCGAGUACUUCGCUAAAGGAGGAAGCACAAAGGUGUUGGAAGAAGCAGCAACGGCAGCCUUGGAAAUAACAGAAAUAAACAAGCUAACAGCAGAAGUUAUCCAGACUCCUUUAAAAAUCAUCAGGAAAGUGGAAAAAUCUAAACAGGAUAUUGAAGCUAUUGAAGAAGAAGGGGAGCCUCCUUUGCUUCCUCUAGCAACGCAAAAACAUGAUAGCCAGUGUCUUCCAGAGCCAGAAGCUGAAAACAUUAAUCCCAGAACUAAAAAGGUGAAGGCAUCCACUAAAAAAGUGCCAGCGUCCAGGAGCAGAAGAGCUCCUUCAGCGAGAGUGAAGCGCAUGAGUAAAAGAUCAAGUAAAAACAACUUUAUCACACCAGCUACUGGUAGAAUUGUUGAUCUCUGUGCUCCAGGAGGUUCCUCCAUGGUCACACCCAAAUUUGAUUCCAGAAUUUUCAAGACACCUGGUUUGCGCAUACCUGCAGUAAAUGAACGUGUUUACACCAUCUCUGCCAAUGGCAGCCCCCUUGCUGACAGCAACGAUAUCUUCAUUACAGUCCCUGUUGGAGGAGGGGAGAGCAUUCGUUUAGCAGCAAGUGAUUUGACCAAGAAGAAUCUUCUUCAUCUGAAUCCAGAGGCCCAAGGAAUUGUGAAGAAGCUAUCAGUUCGUCUUGCACAAGCUUGCAGCGGUGCAAAAACCUAUAGAUGAAACUCAACGAAUGCUGACAUCCCUCUGUAAAUACAGAAUGUUACAUUUAGGAUUGCUACCUUUAGUUCUUGUUCUAAUUUGUGUCUUCCAUUAAUUUACAGAAUGGAAGUUAAAAGCUAAUUUUUCUAUCUUUAAUGGGAUUAGAAUAAAUUGCCUUUUUUUUAAUUCAGGAAACAAAAUGCUUUGUUCCCUAUUUCCUUUAAGGUUAAGACCAAGAUAGAAUUAUCUUGGGCUUGCAGACCAGCAAGCUGGGCAGAAAGGCCAUUCUGGUACCUUGCAGAAGAUGUAAGCAGUGGACACAAGUGGCUGGAGUUUCUAUCUGUCUUGGCAAAGAAAGCAACAGAUCAGACUUGUUGCACUUCCUUCCAGGCAUGUCCUUUCUCUGCAAAUGUGCUUAAAAGGUGAUUACUGGCUCAGUAUAGUACCUGAGAUACCUAAAGGCAAGUUAGUAGUGCCUGGGACUAAAUGGAAAGCUUCUUGUAGUUCAUGAUGCUGCCGUGAAUAGUAGUCCUUUUG